AUGCCCGAAGAUCGCAAACUAUUUGUUGGUAUGUUAAAUAAACAAAUGACAGAAGAAAAUGUUCGAAGUAUAUUUGAACCAUAUGGAACAAUUGAAGAAUGUACAAUUCUUCGUGGACCAAGUGGUGAUAGUAAAGGUAUUAAUCAUUGGGGACUCACACUUCUUCUAAUUUAUUUGAUACAUGUCAUAACACUUAUUAUAUGUAUAGGUUGUGCAUUUGUCAAAUAUAGCACACAUAAUGAAGCUCAACAAGCCAUUCAACAUGUUCAUGGUAGUCAAACAUUUUCUGGUGCAUCGUCAAGUAUCGUUGUGAAAUUUGCCGAUACAGAAAAAGAACGUCAAUUACGUAGAAUGCAGCAAUUAGCUGGACCACUUGGUUUAUUAUCAAAUCCAUUGGUAUUACAACAAAUAGCGGCAAAUUUAAAUUAUCAAGGCUAUACACAGGUUACUGCUCAACAACAGGCAGCCUUAUUAGCCUCAUCAACUGCAACACAACAAACAUACACAAUUCCUGUACUGACAACCGCAUCUGGUCAACUAACAAAUGGUGCAAUGACACCGUCAACCGUUAAUGCAUCACCAGUUAAUAAUGGUCCACCCACAAUACUUUCUCCUGCAGCAUUUCAGUCAGCUGUUCAAGGUCACAAUGGUCAACCAACCGAUAUAUUUUCAUCUGGUCUACAAUAUCCAAUGGUUGGUCAAGCUAUUGAUACGGCAACUGGUUUACAACUACAACAGGCCACUUAUACAACAUUACCAACACAAUAUGCGCCAAUUUAUGCUCCCACAGCUAUUUAUAGUCAAUUGGGACCAACGACAACAAUCAUUCCAGGAACAUUGGGGUUACAAAAAGAAGGACCCGAAAAUUCCAAUCUUUUUAUAUAUCAUUUACCUCAAGAAUUUGGUGACGCUGAAUUGGCUCAAAUGUUUAUGCCUUUCGGCAAUGUUAUAAGUGCAAAAGUCUACGAUAAUCCAUCUUGCGCUCAUUCAGCAAUACAGUCAAUGAAUGGUUUUCAGAUAGGAAUGAAACGUUUAAAAGUUCAAUUAAAACGUCCAAAAGAUAUGGCUAAACCUUAUUAA